AUGUUGAUUAACAACAUCAUCACUGUGACAGCACUACUGGUGAGCCAGGUUACUGCUCAUGGUCUAGUCACCCGUAUCAAAGGCGCCAAUGGCGUCAACAUGCCUGGCCUGACGAUCAUUGACGGAGUACCGCGGGACUGUCCCUCUGCCGCAUGUGGCGGACAAAAAGACACGGCAAUCAUCCGAGAUCAGGAAAUGGGAGGUAUGAAGGCUUCGCCUUUAGGCCGUACUAUGGGCGCUGGUCCGGUGAAUGCGGCCACAGUCAUCAACAAGUUCUUGGGCGCUGCGACGGAGAAGCGGGGUCGCGUUUCCCUCUCGGACAGACGUCGUCAACUGAUCAACGAUGCUGCAAGUGUAAUUACCAAUGCUGGUGGAGCUAUUCUUAACGGCGCCCAAGAUCUCGCAGACAAAACCCCGCUGGGUGGCGCUAUCAAGAGUGCCCAGUCCACUGUUGAUGAUGUCCUCAGUAUUGUGCCAGGUCUGAAGUCCGGUGCAAUGACAGCCCAAGGCACCAGCGAGAAUGGUGUACAGUUAUAUUCUGGCAAAGGUGCCAGCACGGGCCUUCCCACCGCUUCUCCAGAUGGCGUUGUCACAGUCAUUUAUCACCAGGUAAACCAAGACGGCGCUGGACCCCUCACAGCCGACAUUGAUCCGUCCAGUGGAGGAACCAACCCAAAGGCAUUCGUGUCGGCCCAGGUGAUCCAAAACAUCCCGGGUGUGGCUGGGUUCUCGACCUCCAGCACUAUGGACUACGAGGUCAAGGUCCAGGUGCCUAAAGGGAUGAAGUGCACUGGAACAGUCGGUGCCGCCCAGAAUGUCUGCAUUGUGCGUGUCCGGAACACUGCCAUCUCCGGGCCAUUUGGUGGCUCUGCUGCAUUUACGCAGUGA